AACGCCGAGAAACUCGCUGCUUCACCUUCAACGUCUGAUGCCCCAAAAUCCAAACGUUCGAAGAUCUCAAGGAUCAAACUUUCAAUUGUUCCUUGCUUUGAAGUAAGAAGCAGUUCGUUUACUCUCUUCUUGUGGAAAGGAUGGUUUUCUUGAGUUGGGGUAGGCCGUCACCCGACCAACAGAAGCAAGUGCUCAACAAGACAGGAGGGUUCAACUAUGAUGAAAAAUACAGGGGAGCUUCAGUUAAGUCUGGGGAUAAGCUAAAGGAUGAUCAAGAGCUCGACAAGGAUGGGUUCUUGAUCAAUCAUGCACGGGUUUUGGUGGGUUCAGGACGCGAGACAUACGAGAAGGGGAAGACAGCUCUUCAGAGUUGGAGACAUUUCGGUCUGGAUUGGGCAUUUGUUGAUCCCACAAUUCCGGUCGAGAAUGGUAGGAAGGUUUGCCUUUGCGUCAAGGAAAUGCUUCCGUGGGUUAUGCUUCCUCUGCAGGUGGUUUAUGUGGACGAAAGCCGGAAAUCCAGAAAGGGUCCUGCUCGUUUCGGAUUUGGAAGUGGCACCCUGCAGGGCCAUCUACUGGCAGGGGAAGAGCGGUUCUCUGUCGAGCUUGACGAAAAUGGCAAAGUCUGGUACGAGAUACUCUCCUUCUCGAAACCAGCUCACUUCCUGUCUUUCCUUGGCUACCCAUAUGUGAAGUUCAGACAAAAGUAUUUUGCUCAUCAAUCUUCAGAUGCUGUCCUAAAACACGUCAAUGCUUCAUGAUAGUGCCACAACGCCAGCAGUCAAGCACAUAGUCAGCCCAUGAAUAUUUCAGAAUCAUCUACAAAACCAUUGGUUGCUCUGGAAACCUUCUCUUUGUCUAUGGUGAGAGAGAGAAUCAGAAGAUGAACUUCUGAAUUUAGUAGUAGCUGAAAAGAAAACUGUGAUUUUUACAUCAUCAGAAACUAAGUAGCAGAA